CUUUGCUAGAAAUUUCAAAUCUCAUGAUGUAACGUAAUUAUCUUCGAAUUCAGAGCGCCAAAUUUCAACUAUGACAUUUUCAUGAUGCUAAUUUGAGUUAAUCGAGUUAACAAAUUUCAAGCAUCAAACAAGAUCGAGUUAAAAAUCUUUUUGAAAGUAGAAUUUUUAACUAUGGAAAAUGUAUUUGGAAAAGGGAAAAAGAUAAAAGAAACUCUAAACUCUUACACACCUUUCAACUUUCAUAACAUAAAAACAAAAAUAAAUAUAAAUUCUUCUCCAUAAAUAUACUCCCCCUUGGUUGUAGCCUUUUCGUCUUCUUCAUUUUCCCUCCCUCCCUCCCUCUCUUCAAUUUAGUUUACUCACGAGGGAGCCUUCGGCGCGUCAGCACCUCUCCCCAAUAAAUUUCAUUACAUUCGUUACUCACAAACACACAGCUCUUUUUCUAUCUACAAAAUUAAAAUUCAUAUAACAAACUCAUAGUUCAUCAACUUUUUAUUUUUUUUAAAUUUUGUGUGGCAAUGGCGAUAUGGGCCAAUUUGUCAUACUACCUUGCAUCAAAAUUCAAGAAAGCUAAUCUUUACUACGUGGCUGCCACCAUUGUUCUUUGUUGCACUUUCUAUGUCAUCGGACUUUGGCCACAAACUACUGAUAUCAACACCCAUCAGUUAUCCUCAACCGCCAUCACCACCACCAUCCCAUGCAACAGCAACAACAACCCAUCAAUCAAAAACACAAAAACAAAAAAUCCCAAUUCAAUUUCCAUCGACUUCACCGCCAAACACACCGCGGAUUCCCUUACCCCACUCUCACCAUCGGCGCGUGUAACCCACUUCCCUUCCUGCAACCCCAAGCUCUCCGAAUACACCCCUUGUGAAGACUCAAAAAGGUCACUCAAAUUCGAUAGGAACAUGCUUAUUUACAGAGAACGCCACUGUCCGGCGAAGAACGAGUUGUUGAAGUGCAGGAUUCCGGCGCCUUUUGGGUACAAAUCGCCGUUCCGGUGGCCGGGAAGUAGGGACUCUGUAUGGCAUGCUAAUGUCCCGCAUAAACAUCUGACGGUUGAAAAAGCCGGUCAGAAUUGGGUCCGGUUCAAGGGUGACCGGUUCACGUUCCCCGGCGGAGGGACAAUGUUUCCACGUGGCGCUAAAGCGUAUAUUGAUGAUAUCGGAAAAUUGAUCAACCUUAAAGAUGGUUCUAUUAGAACCGCCAUUGAUACCGGUUGUGGGGUUGCUAGUUGGGGUGCUUACUUGCUUUCCAGAGACAUCCUUCCAAUUUCAUUUGCACCCAAAGACACACAUGAAGCUCAAGUUCAAUUUGCUCUCGAGCGAGGAGUUCCAGCAUUGAUUGGCAUAUUAGCUACUAAUAGGCUACCUUACCCUGCAAGGGCAUUCGACAUGGCACAUUGUUCUCGCUGUCUCAUCCCUUGGGGAAAAUAUGAUGGGCUAUAUUUAAUUGAGGUUGAUCGAAUUUUACGACCUGGUGGAUAUUGGAUUCUUUCUGGACCACCUAUUAACUGGCAAGAUCACUGGAGAGGCUGGAACAGAACCGCCGACGAUCUGAAAGCAGAGCAAGAUCUAAUUGAAAGUGUUGCGAGAAGCCUGUGCUGGAAGAAAGUUAAUCAGAAAGGUGACCUAGCAAUUUGGCAGAAGCCUACUAAUCAUGUGCACUGCAAAAUUAACCGGAAGGUCUUCAAGAAGCCACUCUUUUGCCUGGAACAAGAUCCCGAUAAAGCAUGGUACACCAAGAUAGAUGCUUGUUUGAGUCCCCUUCCUGAAGUUUCCAGCAUUAAAGAUAUCGCUGGAGGGCCACUGGUGAAUUGGCCGGAAAGAUUAACUGCAGUCCCUCCUAGGAUUGCUAGUUCUAGUAUAGAAGGAGUCACUGCAGAGGGCUUCUCUAAAGAUACAGAAUUGUGGAAGAAGAGAGUCGCCCACUACAAGUCCUUGGACAGUCAAUUAGCAGAACUUGGAAGGUACCGUAACAUACUAGACAUGAAUGCGUGGCUGGGAGGAUUUGCAGCUGCACUUGUUGAUGAUCCAGUUUGGGUCAUGAAUGUUGUGCCCGCUGAGGCUGACGUCAAUACACUUGGAGUUAUCUAUGAACGUGGUUUGAUUGGAACAUACCAAAGCUGGUGUGAAGCAAUGUCUACGUAUCCAAGAACUUACGACUUCAUACAUGCUGAUUCGGUCUUCACUCUCUACCAGGACAGAUGUGAGAUGGAAGAUAUAUUAUUGGAAAUGGACCGGGUAUUAAGGCCGCAAGGCAGUGUGAUAUUCAGAGACGACGUGGAUGUUUUGGUAAACGUGAAGAGCAUAGUAGACGGACUACAAUGGGAUAGCAGGAUGGUUGAUCACGAAGGCGGUCCUCAUGUUAGAGAAAAGCUUCUAAUUGCUACCAAGUUGUAUUGGACAGCACCAGCACCUGAUCAAGAUAAAGCGAUGAGUCUUCUAUAGUCAAUCUGGCCAAUUCUUUACUUCCUUUUGUUGAUAAUUUUUUUGUUUGUUCCAUAGGCGCUUAUGAUUUUUCAUUAACCUCUCUAUCUUUUGGCUUCAAAAUAAACAACAAGAGGAUAUUGAGGUUUCCCCUGAGGCUUUCUUUUAGUACCUAUUUUCGCGUUCGGAUCGGCUUGUAAUGUGUUACUUUUACGCAAUUUGGUAUAGAAACCACAUUUUAGAUGAUGCUAGAGUUGAAAUGACUGAAGAUGAUAUUCUUCUACAAUGAACCAAUUGUAAUUUAAUCUUAGAAUUGGGCAAUAUGAAUUUACUUGCUUUUCUCGAAGCAUUAGCCAGGCUGGUUAAUAUGUUCUUGUAAGAUCCGUGUGAAUCCUUUUGAUUCUAUUUUAUCUCAAACUAUCACAUCUAUCAAUUUGUUCUAUGUCCA